GGCCAUGUUUUCCACAACAACACCCGUACGUCGCACAGCAAACGUCAACUCAAUUCGUUUACGAAUUUCCAUAAAUAUUUAAUAUCAGUUUUUAUUAAAAUCUUUUUGUUUUACUCCUGUAACUAUAUUAAAUGAUAUAAUGAAUCGAACCGAAGGGCUGGUACAACGAAGAAAUGUUAUAAAGGACAACAAUGGAGAUGGAUUGAAGGAAAAUCACGACAUCGACGAUAAGAAAAAUGAUAAAAAUUAUGAUGACGGAGAUUCCAAGGAAACUAGACUGACGCUGAUGGAAGAAGUGCUUCUUUUAGGAUUAAAGGAUAAAGAGGGUUACACAUCGUUUUGGAAUGAUUGCAUAUCAAGCGGUUUGAGAGGAUGCAUAUUGAUUGAGCUUGGAUUAAGAGGCCGCGUAGAAUUAGAGCGAGCUGGCAUGCGAAGGAAAGGACUGUUGUCUAGGAAAGUGAUAUUAAAGUCAGACACCCCAACAGGAGAUGUGUUGUUAGAUGAAGCCCUGAAACACAUGAAAGAUACUGAUCCACCGGAGACAGUGCAGAGUUGGAUAGAAUAUCUUAGCGGUGAGACAUGGAAUCCAAUGAAGUUAAAAUAUCAAUUAAAGAAUGUUCGUGAAAGACUAGCCAAAAAUCUAGUGGAAAAGGGUGUUUUAACUACUGAGAAGCAAAAUUUCCUGCUUUUUGAUAUGACCACACACCCGCUCACCGAUAAUGUCGUUAAAUGCCGUCUAGUCAAGAAGGUGCAGGAGGCGGCGCUGCGGCGUUCGAUAUCGGACGUGGCGCACGCGGACAAGCGGUCGCUGGCGCUGUUGAUGCUGGCGCACUCGGCGGACGUGCUGGAGAACGCGUUCGCGCCGCUGUCGGACGAGGACUACGAGCUGGCCACGCGGCGCGUGCGCGCGCUGCUGGACCUGGACUUCGAGGCGGAGGCGAUGCGCCCCGACGCGUGCCAGAUCAUGUGGGCCGUGUUCGCCGCCUUCACCAAAUAGCGGUAACGCGCGUUAUCAACGCCGAUAACUAGACUAAAUAUUCAUUCGCGACCGACCAUCGUCAUACAAUUCCGUUUCGGCCCGUUUUAAGAUUGCAACAAGUACGACUAAAUAAAGGAAUUUAACGUAUUAAUUGAUGAAAAAUUGGUGAACAGAGGACUUCAUAGAAUAAUUGCUAAUUAAUGAGUUGAUCAUGUCAGAUAGAAUAAUGAAUUGGUAUUAAAAGAGCUUGUAAAACACUGGAACUAUUGUAUAUGAAAAAUUGAUUGAACCAGUAUUAAAUUGUCCGAUUCAGUUUAUUGUAUCUGUUUGUAUUGAUAUCAGGAUUAAAUAUUUCAGUUAUCUGGAGACGGGGCGUUUGCCUGAUCUUGUAGCCCUAUAACAUAGGUAUAAUUUAAAUUUAUAUCGUAGGUAUAAUUUGUAUAAGAUCAUGAUCAUUGUUAUGGCACAAAUAAUUUAGGAGUGUCUAAAUUAAUGUAUCGUAUCUGUUAGGUGUUAUAUUUGUAUAAUCUUGUACAGUUGAGGUUUUGUAAAAUGGACACCAAGAGUAUAUUAUAUAUUUAUUAGCCAAUUAGUUUGAAUAUAAUAUUUUAGCCAAAAACAUUGAGGUGACUUUUUCAGAUACACGUAAUUCCGAUUUAUGAACGACAGUUUCUAACGCUCAAGAAAUGUGUCAGUACUUCCACUAGACCAAUGACUGAAAGUAUAUGUGUAGUAUAAAUAGGUGCCAGCAGCUGUUUCCACAUUUCUCAACUAUACCAGCUUAUACAUCAGUAUGUAUUUUUUGCAACUUUUAGCUUUAUUAUGUCUUUGUAAAAUAUUCAUAAAGUAUGUAUCAUUUAAUGUAUGUAUGUAUAUGGUUUUAUUUUUCCACUUAAAUCGUGAUAUGUAUAUGUAAAUUGAAAGGUAUAAUAAUUAGGGCUUAUAUUAUUAUUUGCCGUCUUAUGAUUUUAACAAUUUAUUGUAAUAGAAUUAUAAAUAGUUGCCUUAAAUAUGUGUGUAGUUGUUAGUGACAGUGUAGUAUCAUCGCGAAAAUAAACUUUCAAAUUAUUGAUUGAAAAUGAUCAUCUCACGAUUUGAAUAUCAUUCACGGUGCACAAGUGAUAAUCAAAUUAAAAUAAACGCGAUCGUAAUCGGUCCCUUUGUGGGACAUUGAUUGUAAAUUACAGAUAACUUUGACAAAAAUCAUAACUGUGUUUUGAUAAGAUCUGUACGAUAUGAAUACAGAAUGUUAGCAGUUUGUUGUGCCAUGCGCGGGCUACAUUUACGUCAAAUAUCCAUACUCUAAACGUAAAUUUCCUUGAACAUAUUUUGUUUAGUAAUGAUACCGUAUGUGACGAGGCAAUGUAUAAAUGUUACUGUACGCCCGCUCCGCAGGUUAUUCAGGCCCAAUAUGGAUGCGUUUUAUAGAAAGAAAUUCACGGUGAUUUUUAUUAGUUCCUGAAUAUUUUUUAUUAUACUCGGCUAACACAUGAUGCAUUUCAUUUGGCCUUUUCUCUGUUAAGAAAUUGUUAUAUGUAUGGUAUUGGCUAGUAUUUUAUUUAUUGGCAUUUCUAUGUCAUUCGUAUGUUUGUUAGUAUUAUGAAGGUAAUUUUUUAAGUAUGUACUUAUAUCUGAUUCAUCCUUUUGUGAUUUUUAUAAUUUCAUGAGUGCGUUAGUAACAUACAUGAUAAAAUUUUUAGCCUUUACUGACUGAGAUAUACUUUUUCAAUAAUGUUUUAGAAAUCAAUCAUUAUCUAUCUACUUAAUAAUAAGAAGCAGUAUAGUUGGUAUAAUAUGAUUAUGUUGUAAUACAAAAGAACGUAAAAUUUCAAACAAGUUUGACCACAGUCCAUUGAGGAUGGAUAAAAAUUUAGUUUUCAUAGCACUUGUGGAUGAAAUUAUGUUAAACAUAAUUUUAAAUUUGUAUGUUAUUUAUUGUAGUGCUUUAUCGGUUUGUAUAUACGUGUAUUGGUUUAUGUAUAUUUAACAAUAACAGCAGUCCUACUAACGCGGUAAGAAAUUCAAAAGUGAUGGAUAAUGUAUAAAGAAAUAAUUAUGGUAAACAGUUAUGUAUCAUACACAUAGGUAUUAUGAAAUUAAAAAUUAUUCAAAUAUAUUCGUUAGUAAUAAAA